AUGAUUAACUUACUGAACAGGGGUAAAUUCGGAAACCGCGAAAAGAUCAGCCUUCCCGACUGCGCCGGGGUCCCAGCACCGUACCAAGAAUUCCCCAUACUGGCGAACGGACUUUUAUUUGCGGAUGGCAGUGAUCAGAAUACGGAUCGUAUUAUCUAUAAGAUUACGGCCACGGAUCCGGCAUCUGGUCUGCCCGAGAACUUCCAAUACUGCGGUGUUAUCACCCAUAUUGGGGCUAAGGAUAACAAAUUCGUUACAUGUGCGAAUGCGUGA